GCUCCUCACCGCAGUAAAAACUCAACAAAAAGUAGCUAAAUUUUAACACAGCGAAGCAGCUGUAGUAAGAGCAAAAAAAUAAAACGAAUUUUUAUUAAAAAUUGUUAUUUAUGCUUAAUGCCACACUUGUGUGAUUAGCCGUUAUAUAAGUUGCAAGUCAUUCGCAAUCAAUCGCUAAGAUUAGUGCCUAAGUCAAACAUCUUUAGGUUAUGCAGAAACAACGCUCACCCUACACCGGUGGCGGAUUCAAUCUGCAGCAGCUAAAGGCGACCACGUUCAACAAGGCCGAGAGUCUGAAUGGCAUACCAUUUCUAGUGCAGCUGGCACAUCAGGUGCAGGUGCAACAGCGUCCACAUCUGAACAGUUCAUCGGCCCAGUCAUUACGCUUUCUGCCCGGUAAGAAGGCUUCGCAUUCCGCCCAUGCUGCAUACGAUCAUGGACAGGGUGAGCAUGAUCUUGGACUGCGCAGCAACAGUUCACGUAGCUACACUUCGAGCCCGAACUACAAUGGCGCCUACGAAGGUGAGCUGCCUCCAUUGCCCUUAGGCCAGACCAACAAAAGCAAUCUGCCGUUGGGGGAUGACUGUUGUCGCAUGGGCCACGUAGACAAGAACAUGGGCCACUUGGACAAAAUGGGCGGCGUGGGUCACAUGGAAAACAUGGAGAACAUGGAGAACAUGGCGAACAGGGGUCAUAUGGAAAACGAGGGACACCUGGAAAACAUGAAUGGCAUGAACAACAUGGGUCACAUGGGCUACAUGAAUCACAUGGGUCACAUGGGCCACGUGGGUCACAUGGACAGCUUGGGCCGUCCGAGCGGCAAGACAUAUCAAAGCGAUACGGAUUCGGAGACCGAGUAUUGUCAGCACAUCCAAAAUAUUGACGUGGCCAAUGGCCAGUCGACGCGUUGGCGUCGUGUCUUUGACUAUCUGAAGUCCGGGAUGCCAGCACAGCGGCAGGAGCGCAUGGAGGCGGCACUGCAACGUUGUUGUGAGAACACUUUCUUCAACCAUGUGCUCCUGGUGCUGCAGCUGUUAAGCAUUCUGAUCGGCGGCUUUCUGAUGCAGAGUCUGCGCCUAGGCAUUAAUCUAACUCAGAUAAGCUUUCGUUUAUGGCACUGCAAGUUUCAGCUGCGUACCUUCCUGCGCCAGCUGCUGUGGCGCAUGGCCAAUGCCAAGGGCAACGACGCGGUGCUCUUUUUGGGCGUUAUGCUCAUCUCGCCUUGGCUCUUUCUGAUCAGCCUGGUCGGAUUUGGCAUUUCGUUUGUGUUCUACUUUAAGGAAGGCGUUGGCGCUACUCUGCGCCAGCUGCGUCUGCAGAUGCUCAACUAACUAAAUACUUAUUUACUUUUAAACCCAGCUUGGACUGAUGCAGGUAGUGAGAGAGAGAGUGAGAGUGAGAGAACGACAGAGAUACAUACCAGAGAGCGAGACCGACAGAGAACGAGAGCGAUAAAAAAUACAUACCGAAGAGACAGCGAG